AUGUCUUCUUCUCUUGCCAACAAAAUUGUUCUCAUAACAGGUGCAAGCUCUGGUAUUGGUGCUGCCACGAGCGUCAUGUUUGCAAAAGUUGGUUGCCGCUUGAGUUUGACGGGUAGAGACGCAGUCAAUCUUGAGAAGACUGCAUCAAGCUGCAGAGGUGUGAAGGACGGUGUUGAGGUGUUGAGUGUUGUUGCUGAUUUGAGAAAUGAGAAAGAUGUGGAGACGGUCGUCGAGAAGACGCUGGAGAAGUUUGGAUGCGUCGAUGUGCUUGUGAACAAUGCAGGCGUAUUGAGAAUUGGAAGUAUUGAGAACACGACGUUGGAGGAGUUUGAUCAAGUGAUGAGUGUCAAUGUCAGAGCUGUAUUUUAUCUCACUUCUUUGGUUGUUCCACAUCUCAUCAAAUCUAAAGGUGCAAUCGUCAAUGUGUCCAGUGUGGAUGGCAUUCGAGCUUUUCCUGGAGUGAUAGCUUAUGACAUGUCAAAGGCUGCAUUGGAUCAGUUCACACGAUGUCUGGCACUGGAGUUGGCUUCUAAAGGUGUGAGAGUUAACAGUGUAAAUCCAGGUGUGAUUGUCACUGGUCUUCAGAAACGAAGUGGCUUAUCUGAUGUAGAGUACUCAAGUUUCAUUCAAAGUUGUAAGACAUCACACGCUUUGGGUCGAGCUGGUGAGCCAAAUGAAGUAGCCCAAGCCAUCAUAUUUCUGUCUUGCAGCGAAGCCUCAUUCAUUACGGGUGCAACUUUGCCAGUUGAUGGCGGGAAGCAUGCCAUGUAUAUAAUCAUUAUUGCUGACAUUAUGACAAUUUGCAAACACACAGCAUCUCGCGCGGCUUACAACAUAAUUUAUGGACACUGUUGCACACAAAGUUUAGUUCUGGUUACACGUACAAAGCACGUGAGUAUUACUACGCGUUACUACAGGAUGGCUUCUCUUGCAAACAAAAUCGUUCUGAUCACCGGUGCAAGUUCUGGUAUUGGAGCUGCCACAAGCCGAAUGCUUGCUAGUCUAGGAUGCCGUCUGUCUCUGACUGGACGCAAUGUUGCAAAUCUGGAGAAAACUGCUAGAGAAUGUCGACAAGUGAAGAGUGAUGUUGAAGUGGUUACUGUUGCAGGAGAUCUGUGCAAGGAGGAGGAUGUUAAGUGUGUGAUUGAGAAGACGAUCGAGAAGUAUGAUGGUCUGGAUGUGCUGGUUAAUGAUGCUGGAAUUUUGGAGAUGGGAACUAUUGAAACGACGACGUUGGAAUCAUUUGAUCGAGUCAUGAACAUCAACACUAGGUCUAUUUUUCAUCUCACUUUGCUUGCUGUUCCUUACUUGAUCAAAUCAAAAGGUUGUAUUGUCAAUGUUUCAAGUGUGAAUGGAAUCAGAGCUUUUCCUGGUGUAUUGGCAUACAACAUAUCUAAAGCUGCUGUCGAUCAACUGACGCGUUGUGUAGCUCUUGAAUUGGCUUCUAAAGGUGUGCGAGUGAAUAGUGUCAAUCCUGGUGUUGUCGUCACAUCUCUUCAAAAGCGAGGAGGAUUAUCAGAUGAACAAUAUGCUAAGUUUCUUGAACAUUCAACAACAACACAUGCUCUUGGCAGGCCUGGUGAACCUGAUGAAGUUGCUAAGACUAUUGCGUUUUUGGCAUCGGAUGAUGCUUCAUUUAUUACUGGCGCUAGCUUGCCUGUUGAUGGAGGCAGGCAUGCAAUGUGUCCACGUUGACAUCAAUGUAGAAACUCAAAUCAUGAUUGAUGUUAUUAAUGUGAUUUGGUUUGCAGAUAUUCCCUUGGGCAAAUAGUGUUUCUGGGUGCCAAUCAAUGGACAAAAUUAAUCGAUAGAGAAAGUUAUUUGAAAGCAUAAAAUACUGGGAAGCAG